GCGGAGCCCAGCCUGGGAAGGGGGCGAGGCUCCUGCAGCCGCGCCGCAGCCACGUCCGUCGGUACCCCGGUGAACCCGCUCGGCUUGGAGAUCUUCAGGGUUCCAGAUAUGUCCGAGGUGAAGAGCCGGAAGAAGCCGGGGCCCAAGGGGCCUCCCGCUGAGCCCGAGAAGCGGAGCGACGGCAGGAAGAACCCCGAGGCGCGGGGCGGCGCGAGCUGGGCGGACCCCCGCACCGGGCUCAGCCUGCUGUCGCUGGCGGCGUGCCUGGGCCUGGCCUGGCUUGUAUUUCAACAAUCAGAAAAAUUUUCGAAGAUGGAAAGCCAAUACCAGUUACUGCAAAUAGAGAGCAGAGAGUUUCAAGGACUACAGAAUAAAAUCAGUUUCAUUUCAGACAAGCUUGAGUCUACUGAAAGUAUCCUGCAGGAAGCUACAGAAUCCAUGGCUUUGAUGACCCAGUUUGAACAGGAAGUAUCUGGCCUCCAAAGAUCCAUACAUGACAUUGAGAAUAGUGAAGAGAUACUCACGCAAAAGAUGCAAAAUCUUAAUGAGAAAUUCCAGAACAUUACAGAUUUCUGGAAGAGAACCCUGGCAGAAAUGAGUGAUAAUACAACCGUUUUCAAAUCAGAAGCAAAGCAUAUACAUUCUCAAGUUACCAUGGAAAUUAACUCAGCUGAGCAAGAAAUGAAAUUGCUCACCGAACGGCUAAAAGAUUUGGAAGACAGCACACUACGAAACAUCCGAACAGUAAGCAGGCAAGAAGAGGAAGAUCUUCUCCAAGUAGAGGCACAGCUCAGCUCUGACACAAAAGCAAUUGAAAAGCUAGAAGAAGAGCAGCACUCACUCCUGGCCAGAGACGAAGAUCUGACCAAUAAACUUUCCAGCUAUGAACCCAAAGUUGAAGAGUGCAAGGCACAUUUGCCGACUAUAGAAAAUGCGAUCCACUCUGUUCUCAGAGUCUCCCGGGAUCUGAUGGGGACAGAAAAGAAAAUGGAAGACCUUACUAUGCAGAUGUUUAACAUGGAAGACGAUAUGCUAAGGGCAGUGUCUGAAAUAAUGGAAAUGCAGAAAACCCUUGAGGGAAUUCAGUAUGAUAAUAGCAUAUUAAAGAUGCAAAAUGAACUGGUUGUUCUAAAAGGAAAAGUUCAUGAUUUCAUAGCAUAUUCAAAUGCAAGAGAAAGGCAGACUUUGGAGAACUAUAACCUAGAAAAUGAGGGAACUGGUGAUUAUUAGGUCUGCUGCCUAUCUCUUGAUGGGCUCUAUUACUGAGUGGAGAUGGGUCAGCUGUACAGCUCCAGUCAUUUGCCCUGCCUCACUUUACUAGAGACUCAGUGGAGGAUGGACCACAUGGAGUGUACACAUAAUCAAACGUUUAUCUUUUCAAGAUCUAAAACUGAUUUCCACCAUCUUAAAGAGAAAGUUCUGUUGGGAGGUGGUGGCACAUGCCUUUAAUCCCAGCACACACAGGCAGCUGCAGGUGGAGCUCUGAGUUCAAGGCCAACCUGGUCUACAGAGGGAGUUCCAGGCCAGCCAGGGUUACACACACACAGAA